AUGGAGAUUUCCGAGCGAGUGGAGGCUCCCUUCGCUACAGGGAGCAGCACCUCCCUCGCGAGCGUGUUCCUUGCCGUCGUCGUACCAUUUCUCUGCCUGCGGGCCUUCGCCUUCCUCCACCGUACCUGGCCUAACGUUCUCUAUCGGCGGCUCACCUCGUGCUUUGAUAGGCAAGUGGCCGCGGUGAUGGAGCGGGUGCAUCCUAAUCGCUUGAUACAAGAUGACAUUAUGAUUCGCAGCAUCAUGGGAUACGUCUCCUACUGCUACGUGCGCGCCAUGCAGUGCAGCGCCGACGCGUGCGAUGCCGUCGCCGCCGCAGACUACGAGUACUGUUUUCUCUUUGACAAGUCGGACAUGUUCGAGGAGGACUGGGUGCCCUAUUCGACACGUUUCCACUCGCUCUUCGGACGCGUCAUCGCCUCUUGCAUGGAACUCUCCGUUGUCCCGAGCUCUGGGCAUUCCAUCCAAGUGGAGCCGGGACUGUUCGUGCGGUCUCUCCCUAACAAAUACGUCACAGGCGGCGACAGCAGCGAAAAUGGGUGGCCUGCAGAUGAGCGCGAGCCGAACUCUGAGCGUGCAAAAAGUGGUAGACGGCCCAGCGCCGUGGCAGGCGCACUCAACCAAGUAGACAAGCUGAACCAGUACCUAUUCUACAGCAUGCGCAAGUACACAGAGCAUAUGGAUGAGCAUCCUGAGCCGUGUGUGGAUGGUAGAGCAGAUGAGGUCACCUCCGAGGAGGGACCCUUUGGCCCCGCUGCGCAGAACAAUCAAGUCCGCGGGAAGAACGGUAGUGAUGACUACGGCAGACAGUCGGAUUCGACUUGUUUUAAUGACUCCCAGCAUGCGCCUGAGGAGCGCAUCAUUGUUCUCGAGUAUCGUCGUCCGCUCCCGCACGAGCAUUCACGUGCUCUGUGUAACAGCAACAAUACACCAGGCGGUGUUCGCGAGUAUGACGUAUCGAGGUCGGCCGAUGACGUGAUCGAGGCCUUCCUGGGUCGUGUUCACGCGUGGUACCUGGGGCACAUGGCGCAUACCAAGAGAACGGCGCUCAUGGCGAUCUAUCCGUCGACGCGGAUGGCUAACUUCGCCAAGAUUGGUGCCAAAGCACUGAAAACGAACAUUUCAGACUCAGAUGUUGACUUCUCGGGAAAGUAUUACGUUCUGGACAGCGCGGCACCGGCCAGCGAGGAAGCGACGAGCACGGCGGUUGUCAGUUCCGCAUCGUCGGCGGCGGAGGUGAGAACAACAGCAAGCGAGAGCGCCACUGUGCCGAGACUGAUGACAACGCUGGCAGGUGGUCACGUGGGCCUCCGCAGCGCUGCACCGUCAAGCGGGUCGCGCGGCAAAACGUUCAACUCGCUCUUCUUUCGUGAAAAGGCACGCGUGUUGUCGAUUAUCGACGACUUUGUGGAGGAGCGCGGCUGCUUCGGUGUGCCGGGAGUGGUGCCUCGCCUUACUUUCUUCUUGCACGGAGCGCCUGGCACCGGUAAGACGUCGUUUGUGAAGGCUCUAGCGCGGCAUCUGCGUCGCAACCUCGUGGUAGUCUCCAUGAGCGAGAUCCUCACCACGGACGAGCUGCAGAAAAUAUUGAAGCCCUUCACUAUGGAAGUCAAACAAGGCGGACAAACCUGCAGCAGGGGCACAGCCUUUCUCAGUGUCUCCCCACAUCAGUCCGUGUACGUUUUCGAAGACUUUGACGCGAUCGGUGACGCCUGGGAGGUGCUGAUGAAGGUGCAAGACCAGAGGAAGAAACUGGCGGAGGAGUGUAGUCUGUUGAAGACGGAGAAGCUCUCUGGCGAUGAGGUUACAGGCAGCGAUGACAGUGAUGACGAGAAAUCGCAGGUGGCCUCACCCUCUUCCUCUGCAGGCUCAAGAACUGGCGAUGCGCUCAACAGUCACGAGGACUUUGAUGACGACAGCGGCUCAGACGGCCGUGACAUGUUUCUCCUAAACAAUGACGUGUACGAGCAGCUCGCCCGAGACCAUCUUACGAUAGAGCGCUUCAUGGACCUCUUCAACGGCUUCAAUCUGCCAGACUCCUUCAUUGCCGUCUUCACCACGAAUCAUCCAGAGAGGAUCCAUCCGUUCAUCAGGUCCUCAACCAUGAUGGAUGUGACGUUGGACAUGGGCAUGCUCGAUGAAGAGUGUGCAACCCAGAUGGUCGAACAUUACUACGCUAUCGAGCUCGCUGAUGAAACGGUGGAUGGUGGCAGUCGACGGCAUCUCUCCACUCCACAGCGUACGGCCCUGCUUGCGGCGCUUCGAGCGUUUAACGCCGGCUCGAAUAAACUGAGCGGGGCGCUCUUGGAGAAGAUGUGUAUUGAGUGCGAGACCAUCGCGGGCUUGACGGCGCGGCUGAGCUCAGUGAACUUGCUGGACGCGGCGGACGUCUUUUAG